UUGAUGAAACUUUUCUUUGAUGUUUACUCUUCUGCUGUCUCUGAACUUUCCAGUGUUUCCUUCAACUUCAACCAUGGCCAUUGUGGAUACUCUUCUUGUAACAGCCAAUGUGGCAUUCUUCUAUGCAAUUCUGAUAUGGCUGCUUCUUCACACUUUGAGACAAAGCAAGCUUCAACGUGCUGUGUUUCUCCAACAAAGACCAAAAUUCUUCUCCAUUAUCACUCUCCUAUUCAAUUUCAUUCUUACCCUUUUAACUAUAGCUUUUGCAGUUCAUGAAUAUAGGACUAAUAAAAUAGUGAGAUAUAGUUCUGUUACAUUUGCUCUAACAUGGGUUAUGGCAAGUUUGGUUUCAUUCUAUUCCAUGAAGAAGACAACAAGAGACAACAAAAGAUUCCCUUUUGUUCUGGUUCUCUGGUGGGUCUUGACCAGUAUCAUAGAGGCAAUCUCAAUUUCUAUUGGACUAAUGAAGAACAACUUUGAAUACUUGGACUUCUGGAAUUUUUUUUCAGAGGAUGAUAACAUAGUUGGUGUGGUUUCCUUGCCUAUGUUGUUGUUGCUUUUGUGUUUGAAUUUAUGUGCAAGAGAAGAACAACACAACACUGACAUGGAACAGCUCUUGGUUCACCCUGGAGAAGAAGAUGAUGAUGAUGAUGAAGAUGGAGAGAACUUCACAACUGUAGGCAUUUGGAGCCAACUCACAUUUCGAUGGCUGAAUCCCAUUUUUAGAAAGGGUCGAGUUCAGAAGCUUGAGCUUGCUCACAUUCCUGAUGUUCCUCAUUCUGAAACUGCAGAAAAUGCUUCUUCCUUAUUGGAAGAAUCGCUUGGCAAACAGAAACUUGAAGGGGAUUCCUUGACUAAAGCUAUAACCAGUUCUGUGUGGAAGUCCUUGGCUUUAAAUGCAGUUUUUGCCGGUAUAUUUUAUUACUCUUUGGAUGCUAUGUACUUUUUUACAUUUAUUGUUUAUGGUGCUUAUUGAUUGUUUUUGUUUUAUAUUUGAAG